AUGUCUUAAGUCCACGGGAGUUCAAUAUUGAAUAAAGAAAACCCUAAUAAGGCUCCUGAUCAUUUGGGAUCAAAUGUCUUUACAGACUUGCUAUCGUCCACAUUUUAUACAGUUAUCGGCUAUGUUUGUUUAGAUGUUGUAUUUGGAAUCAGUUUGCAUUUCAUUGCCCAACAUAAUGACCCAAAUGCAGUUGCAGGUUUAGGAUUAGCCUUUACAACAGUGAAUGUGCUGCUGAUCCCAAUGGCUUUAGGAACGAAUUAAUCAUUGAAUGUGCAUUCAGCCUAGGCUUUGGGAGCUAAGAAGCCUAAGUUAGCGCAGAGUUACUUUACAUUGACCGUCUUCAUCCAUUUAAUGUACUUUAUUCCCUUCUCAAUCAUCUUGAUUCUGAUUAAACCUCUGAUUGCUAAGACUAUUAAUGAAGAUGAUAGAGAGGCUACAUCAGAUGCUUCCCAGAUAUAUUUAUACUAUUUAUUACCAUCGACGUUGUUUGCCAUAUUAUAUGAAUGCAUGAAAAGCUAUAUGAUAGCAAAUAAGAUCCAGAUUUUUGCAGUCUUCAUGUUCAUACAACUAGGUACAGCAGCACUCCACACUUUGUGGUGUUAUUUGUUUAUCGAUUAUUGGGACAUUGGAGGCGGCAUAGCAGGAGCAGGACUGGCUAUCAUAUGUACUGAGGUUCUCAAUUGUGUAUUCUGUCUCAUAGCCAUAUGUGCAACUAAAUAUAAGAAGCAAGUAUUUAGUGAUUACAAGUUUAAAUUCACAAUGAGAAAAAAAGAAAAGAAACUCUUUUCAAGUUUCCUCAGAGGCUCUAUACCAAUUAUAGGACAUAUAUAUGCAGAUUUUUUCGUCUUCUUUUUAUUGAACUUUAUAGCUGUAGGAUUUGGUUCUGAUCAAUUGAAUGCUCAAUUGGCGUUAUCCAAUACAUCGAAUUUUUAUUAUAAAUUUCCCAUUUCUCUAUCGUUGGCUUUGAUGACCUUCGUGGGUAAUGAAAUGGGUGCCAAGAAUAUCAAGAGAGCCAAGAGAUAUUCAUGGGUGGGUGUCCUAUUAUUUAUUGGAUUUACAACAAUAUUUUUGAGUGCUUUAUCCUUUUUCAAGGAAACCUGGGCUGAAUUCUACUCGGCUGGCAGACAGGAAAUCACAGAUCUGAUAUUGGAAGUGUAUCCCAUCUUUGUAUUUGGGUUUUUUGUUAUCGAUGGAUUACAAGGGACAUUAACUGGUAUUUUGAAGGGAAUCGAGAGAAAGGAUUUCGUAACCUAUUCUACAUUACUUGUCUAUUACUUGAUUGGAAUACCCUUAGUUGUGUAUUUUGCUUAUGACUUUGGAUUGGGUGAUAAGGUCUAUGGAAUUUGGCUUGCUUUUGGCAUAGUGAAUGCAAUUCUAGCUGUCUUGUAUCUAAUUCUGACAUUUACAACAAAUUGGUCAGACAUGAGCAGAAAAAUCUGUUAGAGGAUUGAGGAUCAACACAAGAUGUAAAAUCUUAACGAUUCUUUAAACAAGGACUUUGAGGAAGAUCCUGAGAACUUGAAAAAGAAAAGGAAAGUUAAGUCAUCCAAAGUGCAGUAAUCCAAACAGAAGAAAGAUGAAAAUGAGGUUGCUUCUGGAGAAAAGAAACCCAAGAAGGAAAGGAAAAACAGAAGACCUGCUGAUGAUGACUAACAAUUCAGUUUGUAGGCAACCGAACCAACCAAAAUCACAAAGUAGGAGGUUGAUACAGUUCCGAUUAUGUCUUGA